CCAGAACGUGCCUUACUGACCUCACCUGACGGUGUGGGCGUGGCCUAACGGUCGCACCUGGGACUGUUUGUAUUAGCCGUCCAGAUGCUGAUGCUGAUGAUGAAGAGUAGAGUCUAAUAAAUUAAUAAAGCCUUACAGACUGAUGUUUGUGUGGUCCCUCUGUGUUUGCUGUCUCUCUGUGGGGUAUGACGUCACACACAGUGCAUGCUGGGAUACUGGGUCAGGCUGACAGAUGGAGAGAAAACAGCCAAAUCAGAGAAAGGAGAAUAUCUAAUCCUUAAUCCAGCGAGCCACUCCCCCUGCACACACACACACACACAAUCCUGGAAACAAACACAGGAUUAGGAUUAACUGAUGAUCUUUAAAUCGGUCAAAAUUUGAAUGGACUUUGGUUCACAGCUUGCUCCUCUCCUCUAAAGCUGACCUUUGACCUGCAGCUCAGCAGUCAGCUCCUCCUCCCUGUGAGGCUGCUGGCCCUUUAAGAGAGGAAGAGCACAGGAUGAGCCCCCCCCUCACACACACACACACACACACCCUCCUCCUCCUCAGCCGCACAUUGUUCUGUGGCUCCGGGAGAAGCCACUUCCUCCUCCUGCUGCUGCUGCUGCUGCUGCUCAGCCCGCUGCAAACGGACAGACAGACAGUUUCAGUGCCUCCGACGGAGGGACGGCGUCUGUCUGUGUGUCCGACGGGAUCAGCCGAGGGGGGCGGACACGCGAGCACAGACAAAGACUCGCAGACAGACGAACAGACUGGACGAAUGGACUGACAGGAUGCGGCACCGCUGGACCCUCGGGCUCGCCCCCAGGUAGCCCAGCACUGAGGUGAGGUGUGACUGUUGGUUACCAUGGUGCCCAGGCCAUCGUCAGGGGAACUAUGGGGGCUCCACCUGAUGCCCCCCCGGAUCCUGGUGGACUGCUGCCUGCCUAACGGUAUGAUGGUUAGCCUGGAGUGUCUGAGGGAAACUCCUCUCAUCAGUAUCAAGCAGCAGCUCUUCUCCGAGGCCAGGAAGUACCCCCUGUACCACCUGCUGCAGGAGGAGUCGUGCUACAUCUUUGUGGGCGUGACCCAGGAGGCUGAGAGGGAGGAGUUUUACGAUGAGACGAGGCGGCUGUGCGACCUGCGCCUGUUCCACCCCAUCCUUAAGGUCAUCGAGCCCCUCGGCAACCGUGAGGAGAAAAUCCUGAACCGUGAGAUCGGUUUCGCCAUCGGGAUGCCGGUCUGCGAGUUUGAGAUGAUGAAGGACCCGGAGGUCCAGGACUUCCGCCGUUCCAUACUGAGCGUGUGCAGAGAGGCCAUGGAGGAACGGGAAGGAGGGGGGGCCCACAGCCAGGCGCUCUACGUUUACCCCCCCAACGUGGAGUCCAGUCCCCAGCUGCCCCAGCACAUCUAUAGCAAGCUGGACAAAGGGCGCCUGAUUGUGACCAUCUGGGUGAUCGUGUCUCCAUCAAACUCCAAACAGAAGUACACCUUGAAGGUUAGUCACGACAGUUUACCUGAGCAGCUGAUCGCCGAGUCCAUCAGGAAGAAAAGCCGAUCGAUGCACCUUUCACCUCAGCAGCUCCGCCUCUGCGUUCAGGAGUACCAGGGCCAGUACAUCCUUAAGGUGUGUGGCUGCGAUGAGUACCUGCUGGAGAAGUUUCCUCUCAGUCAGUAUAAGUACAUCCGCUCCUGCAUCAUCGUGGGACGUCUUCCUCACCUGAUGCUCGUGUCCAAAGACAGCCUCUACUCUCAGCUUCCCGCCUCAGGCUUCGUCACGCCUUCCUACAGCCGUCGGACUCCUCAGCCGUCUCCCUGUCCAGGAGGAGGCGACGGUUCUCCUCCUCGCUCCUUGUGGGCCUUCAACACUCUGCUGAGAGUCCGGCUGCUCUGCGCCACGUACGUGAACGUGAACAUCAGAGACAUCGAUAAGAUCUAUGUGAGGACAGGGAUCUAUCACGGAGGAGAGCCGCUCUGUGACAACGUCAACACCCAGAGAGUGCCCUGCUCCAACCCCAGGUGGAAUGAGUGGCUGACCUAUGACAUCUACCUGGCUGACCUCCCUCGUUCAGCCAGACUCUGCCUGUCUAUCUGUUCUGUGAAGGGAAGGAAAGGAGCUAAGGAGGAGCACUGCCCUCUGGCCUGGGGGAAUGUAAACCUGUUUGACUACAAGGACAUCCUGGUCUGUGGUAAGGUGGCUCUCAGCCUGUGGCCUGUUCCCCAUGGCCUAGAGGACCUGCUCAACCCCAUUGGAGUCGCGGGUUCAAAUCCCAACAAGGAGACCCCCUGCGUGGAGCUGGAGUUCUCCUGGUUCAAUCAGAUCGUUGUUUUUCCUGACGAGCAGCAGAUUGAAGAGCACGCCAACUGGACCAUCAGCAGAGAGCUGGGCUACAACUACUGCCACGGCCUGAGCAGCCGUUUGGCCUGUGACAGCAGUGUUUCGUCAGGCGAUGCCGAGCAGCUUCGCUCUCUCUGCUCCAGAGAUCCGCUGUACGAGCUCUCGGAGCAGGAGAAGGACUUCCUCUGGAGACACAGACAUUACUGUGUAAACAUCCCAGAGUCUCUCCCUAAGCUGCUUCUUUCUGUCAAAUGGAACUCCAGAGACGAAGUUUCUCAGAUGUACUGUCUGUUGAAGGAGUGGCCUCUGAUGGAGCCCGAGUCGGCUCUCGAGUUGUUGGACUGUAACUUUCCCGACCCGAUGGUCCGAGAGUUUGCGCUGCGCUGCCUCGUGCAGGGCCUGACGGAUGACAAGCUGUCGCAGUACCUGUUGCAACUUGUACAGGUGUUGAAGUAUGAGAUGUACCUGGACAAUCCUCUGGCCCGUUUCCUGAUAAAGAAAGCUCUGACCAAUCAGAGGAUAGGGCACUUCUUCUUCUGGCACCUGAAGUCAGAGAUGCACAACAAGACGGUUUCCCGACGCUUCGGUCUGCUGCUGGAAGCUUUCUGCAGAGCCUGCGGGAUGUACCUGAAGCACCUGAACAGACAGGUAGAGGCCAUGGAUAAACUGGUGAAUCUGACCGACACACUGAAGCAGGAGAAGAAGGACGAGACUCAGAAAACUCAGAUGAAGUUUCUGGUUGAGCACAUGUCUCGUCCAGAUUACAUGGAAGCUCUGCAGGGAUUCGUCUCUCCACUGAAUCCAGUUCACCAGCUGGGAAAUCUCAGGCUGGAGGAGUGCAGGAUCAUGUCCUCGGCAAAGCGCCCCCUGUGGCUGAACUGGGAAAACCCUGACAUCAUGUCCGAGCUUCUCUUCACCAACAACGAGAUCAUCUUCAAGAACGGAGAUGACCUGCGUCAGGAUAUGCUAACGUUGCAGAUUAUUAAAAUCAUGGAGAACAUCUGGCAGAACCAGGGUCUGGACCUGCGCAUGUUGCCCUAUGGAUGCCUCUCCAUCGGUGACUGCGUGGGUCUGAUUGAGGUUGUGAAGAACAGCUUCACCAUCAUGCAGAUUCAGUGCAAGGGAGGCCUGAAGGGGGCGCUGCAGUUCAACUCCAACACGCUGCAUCACUGGAUCAAAGACAAGAACCGCGGCGAAGCGUACGAUCGGGCCAUCGACCUGUUCACGCGCUCAUGUGCUGGUUACUGCGUUGCCACGUUCAUCCUGGGAAUCGGAGACCGCCACAACUCCAACAUUAUGGUGAAAGAGAAUGGACAGCUGUUCCACAUUGACUUUGGUCACUUCCUGGAUCACAAGAAGAAGAAAUUUGGCUACAAGAGGGAGCGUGUACCCUUUGUCCUUACUCAGGACUUCCUCAUCGUCAUUAGUAAAGGCAUCCAGGAGUCCACCAAGACCAAGGAGUUCGAGAGGUUCCAGGAGAUGUGCUACAAAGCAUACCUCGCCAUCCGUCAGCACGCCAGCCUCUUCAUCAAUCUCUUCUCCCUUAUGCUGGGUUGCGGGAUGCCUGAACUGCAGAGCUUUGAUGACAUUGCCUACCUGAGGAAAACCCUGGCCCUGG